UUUACUUAAAGCUUGUUUAUUUAAUAAUAUUAAAAAUUAAGAAAGCAAGAUACUAGGCCUAAAUCGUGCUUAAUUCAACAAAAAAUAUUAUAAUUUAUUAUGAUUAAAAUAAAAAAUAUCAUAAUAAAUUGGAUGAUCAAAAUGCAUUAUUUUUAUUUUUAAAAUAUUAAAGAAAAAUGUCGUUUUAUGUGCUUUUAAUAAUAUUUUUUCUGAGUAACAUUAGUAAUAUACAAAGCAAUUUGUGCGAAGAGAAAGAAAAUAAUAAUCAAGAUAAAUUCUUUUCCGAUUUCAACAAGGAAAAUAUUUCUUACGAAAAUCAAGCAGUACAAACAUGUUUUGAGGAAGAAAAAGAUGAAAAACUUUUAAAUAGGCGUAGUUAUUCAAUAUUUUCGUGUAUUCUUCAUGCUUUCUGCUCAUUAUUUCAUUGGCUAUUGAUUGUAUUUUUCACGAUUCUUAAAGACUACAACCUGACUGUAAUAUUCUGUAUCGCAUUAAUAUUAUUUAUAGGAAUAAUUCUCAUGAUUAAGAAAUUCUUGACAGAAGCUAAAACCUCAACGGAAUCGUUUAGAGUUAUAAAUGAUGAUAAUAGGGAAGAUAAUAUAUCAGAUGGAGGUAUAAUUGAAGAAGAAUCUGAAUUUACUGUCAUGGAAGAAAAUAAAAUAUGCAACGAAAGCUUCGAUGAUGCUGCAGCAAAAAGUGAAAAAUCAGAUAAGGAUCUAAUUUUAGAAGAAUCUGAAUUUAUCUCAAUGGAAGAAUAUAGAGCACAGGAAAAAAUUUCUGAUAAAAGUCUAAGCAUUGAGGAUGAAUCAAGAAUAGAAAUUGAACAAAAAUUUCUGGAAGAAAAAUCAAUUGAGAUGAUGACGGAUGAAGAUGAAUGGGAAAAAUUAGCAGAGGCUGAGAAUAUAACAUAGGGAAGGUAGGUAAUCGGUCAAAUUUUGAUCCCCGGUUUUCUUGCAUUUUUCGACGUUUUGACGCACUACAAACCCAAAAAUGUAUGAAAAAAUCCCUUACAAAAUUCCAUGUGUGUGUGUGUGUGUGUGUUGGAGUCUAUUUUACACUGUAUUUUAGGACUGGAUAAACCUAAAUCUAAAAUAAAAAUU